AUGCUUGCCUCCAGAACCCAUCUCCGCCUCCCCCUCCACCCCAGAUUCGCUCGUCCCUUCACCUCUACCCUUUCACCUCUUUCCUCCCAGCCCAACCACCUCCAGACGCUUCUCCAGAACCGCGAGCUUCAACAGAGUGACGCCGAGAAUGAGCUACGAUGGAUCACUUCUUGGGUGCGGGAAGAGGCGAAGGGAAUGAUGAAGAAGAGAAAGUUACCGCCGGUGGAGGAUGAGAGGAUUGAAGGGUUUGUGCAGCGUCGGGCUGAGGGCGAGCCUUUGCAAUAUAUUCUAGGCUCCACAGACUUUGGUCCCCUCACAAUCAAGUGCAAAAAACCAGUCCUCAUCCCCCGCCCCGAAACAGCCCACAUCUUCACCCUCCUCUCUUCAUCCAUCCUCUCCUCCGUCCCCUCCUUCACCUCCCGAGACCGCCCGUCCAGCCCUCUGCCAGUUCUGGAUCUGUGCACAGGCUCGGGCUGCGUGGGACUGUUGAUGGCGCAUGAGAACCUGAUGGCGGAGGUGACGGGGGUGGACAAUUCGCCAGCUGCUGUUGCUUUAGCAGGCGCGAAUGUGCGGGAUAAUGAGCUGGAGGAGAGGGUGGAUAUCAGGUAUGGCAAUGUCUUUGGACCUCCCCAAGGUCUGCUGGGGGGUAAGGGGAAAGUGGGCGUGGUGGUCAGUAACCCGCCGUAUAUCCCUUUGCACGAAUGGGAACAGUUGCCAAAGGGCGUGAGGGAGUAUGAGAGCCCGGCGGCGUUGUUGGGGGAUGGGAAGAAGGCUGGGGAGGGGUUGGCGUUUUAUGAGAGGAUAGCGGAGAUCCUGCCGGAGCUUCUUCUGAGCGAGGAAGAGAUGGAGGGAAAGGGAUGGAAAGGGAUACCUCAAGUUGCUGUAGAGGUCGGCCUUGGCCAGGCCAGAAAGGUGGAAGAAAUCUUCAAGAAAAGCGAGGUUGUAGGCAGGACAGAAGUGUGGAAAGAUCAGUACGGCGUCGAGAGGAUGGUGGUGGGGUGGUCAUAA